AUGGUGGAUAAUUCGAUGGUAGAGUCCAUUGCCGCUUCUCUGAUCAGGGAAUACCUGAGCAGAAAGGGGCUGAAGGCUACCCUUCGUGCAAUGGAUGAGGAGAUGCCCCGUACAGAACAAAGCAUCAGCAACAGAGUUGCACUGAUGAAACAGCUUCAUAUUGAGAAACUGAUGAAGCGCAACAAGCAAGUUGAGAAUCCCCUGCGGAGCAUGGUUGAAGUGCUUACCAAGUUUAUUCUUGAAGAAUGGGGUCUGUGCAGUGCCAUUAUUGCCAAAUCCAAUUCCUUAUCAAAAUCUCCACAGAAACCAUCAGAUAAAAAUGGAUCUGCUCUAAAGCCCUCAACUCCCACAGAGGAUCAAAUGGUUCUUGAAGAUACAAAUGAAGGUGAAACAGUUGCAGGAAGGGGCAGUUCCACAAUUCAUUUCUCUUCAUGUCUUGACCAAGAAGAAAUUCAAACCAAAAGGAACCAUCAUCCUUCCAAACAUCGUGGACAAUCUUGCCAUAUAAUUGGCACGCAUUCUUUAAGCAAAAAUAUUUCUCGGACAAAUGGAACCAAGCUGAAAGCAUCAAUAGAAUCUUACCUCGACUCAAGCAAUCCUCUUGGUGACUUGUCUGUUGAACAGAGUGCUGUCCCAAUUGCAUCAGAAUCUCCACUAUCGACUUUUCUUUUUGAUGAAUAUUCUGAUGGUCAAGGCAAGAAAUCUGACUUUAUCAUGGACUACUUCCAUCCGCAAAAUGGUAAAAGUGACGAUCCUUUGUCACCACCAGUGUCAACUUCUUCAUCCAGAUCAUCUUCAGCUGUUGUAAGCACAGAACUGGACAGAGCAAUGACAUCCAGUAGCCAGCGGUCAUUGACAUCUACAGUUAAGGAUCAGAUUAAGGAUUUAUUUACAUCGGAAUCUUAUUGCAUUGAUGAGUGCAGCAUGUUUAACGAGCAACCCCUUCGGCCGAUAAUGAAACGUAGUUCUUCAGUAGAAGCUCAGAAGAUUGGGGAAUUAGAAGAUGUUGAUGAUUUAGAAGCUGCACCACUGGAUAUGUCCGCAUUAAAAUCAACCAUCCCUUCUGCCAUGUCUGCAGUAACAACACCAAUCAACUUGAAGACUGCUAUGAAAUUGAAAAUUUUAAUUCUUGGAUCUGCUAACUCUCAAUUUAAUCCAGAAUGGUUCCGACAAAACUUAGAAUUCUCAAAUGUUCCUCUGCUACAAUAUGGAAUUGUUCAGAAAAAGGGUGGCCCAUGUGGGGUGCUUGCUGCAAUCCAAGCCUAUGUUUUGUUGGAGAUGCUCUUUGGUGAAAAUAAACUGACUUCAAGUAAAAAUCUGGAACCAAGCCCUGAAGAUUGCCGGAAUGCUUUGGCAGCAGCAUUAAGUCGGAUUUUUUGGAAUGCAGGAGAUCAAAAAACUGCCACAGUUGCUCUCUCCAGUGGCACAAGUCAUUUUAUUGGAGGCAAUCAGUGCAAACCUGAUCGUCUUGUAGAAACAUUAAUGUUGUACAAAUUUUCAUCUUUUACUGAUUUGAAUGCUUUCGUCAAGAAAAACAUAAUUUUGUUUGAAGCUGAGGGAAGCAGUGGGGUUCUAUUAGCACUUUAUUCAACAGUCUUGUCCAGAACUGUAGAAAAAAUUCGAAAUGAAAUGGAUGAACCCAAUGGAAAAUUGCUGGGUGCUUACAGUUAUUGUUCUCAGGAGAUGGUCAACUUGUUUAUGACUGGUCAAGCAGUCUCAAAUGUAUUUAAUGACAAAAUGGAACUUAAUGGGGGUACUGGAAUUGUCACUGUUCUCAAAGGGAUUCCACAUCGAAGCAACAUUGGAUUUCUAUCUCUCUUUGAACAUUAUGGCAACUGCCAGGUGGGAAGCUACUAUAAAACCCCCAAAUAUCCGAUUUGGAUUGUUUGCAGUGAGAGUCAUUUCAGCGUUCUCUUUUCUAUGAAACAAGAUCUUAUAAGUGACUGGAGAGCCGAGAGACGAUUUGAUCUUUAUUAUUACGAUGGUCUUGCCAGACAACAAGAUCCCAUACGACUCACCAUUGAUACAACAAGGUCUGAAUUUAAAGCCCCCUCAGAUGACGAUCUCGUUCCUCCCCUGGAUAAAUGCAUUCGUACAAACUAUAGUGAAACUUCUACUUCCAUCAUUUGUUCCCUUUUUCUAUUUGUCCUCCUCCUUCUCUCUCCUCGUCUCUCCUCCUCCUCGUCUCUCUCCUUCUCUCUCCUCCUCCUCCUCGUCGUCUCUCUCCUUCUCCUCCUCCUCCUUCUCUCUCCUCAUCUCUCCUCCUCCUCCUCCUCCUCGUCUCUCUCCUUCUCUCUCCUCCUCGUCUCUCUCCUUCUCUCUCCUCCUCGUCUCUCCUUCUCUCUCCUCCUCGUCUCUCUCCUUCUCUCUCCUCCUCGUCUCUCUCCUUCUCCUCCUCGUCUCUCUCCUCAUCUCUCCUCUCCUUCUCUCCUUCUCUCCUCCUUCUCUCUCCUCGUCUCUCCUCCUCCUUCUCUCUCCUCGUCUCUCCUCCUCCUUGUCUCUAUACUACCCUCUUUUUCUACUUGA